GCGGAGCGCUGCGGGCUGCUCUCCCUGCUUUCUCCCUGCUGUAGACUGAGGGAAGGGAGGGUCUACCCAGGCGCUGGGAUACUGUUUUCCUCUCCAGCUGUCGAUCUGCUCCUCCGUCACAUUUUGAUAAAUCUUUUGUUUUUCCUCCGGGGACAGAAUUAGAGGGGAAUGAGCAGCGGCGAGAAUCUGCCGUGACUUUUUUUGCAGGACAAAGUGGCCCCCGGUGCCAACAGGGCAGUAGUUGCUGUUGCUGUGUGUUUGUGCUGCGGAUCAUCACCGGAAUCUGGAGGAAAAAAAGGAUACUUCUUUAUGUUGCCUCGGGAUUAAUAACACAGCGUCAAGAUGGACCUUAAGCUGCUUUUGAUAUCUACGUUGUUAGGAGUCUUUUGUUACAGUAGCGCUCAGAAAGAGGGGAAUGAGUGCAUCAAUGCCAACGCCAAGUACUGUGGGGAGUGUAUCCAGGCUGGAGCCAAAUGUGGCUGGUGCACAGACCCAGACUUCCUGAAACAGGGCGAGACCGUGUCAACCCGCUGCGACGAGCUUCAGUCUCUUCAGAAGAGGGGCUGUGCAGACGCCAUGAUCGAGAACCCACGUGGAGGUCAGAGGAUCCUCAAGAACAAAAUGGUGACAAAUCGCAGCAAGGGAGAGGAGAGGAGAGAGAAGCUAAGGCCAGAGGACAUCACUCAGAUCCAGCCCCAGAAACUCAGUCUCACCCUCCGCUCUGGUGAGCCCCAGUCUUUUGACUUGAAGUUCAAACGAGCAGAAGAUUAUCCUAUUGACCUGUACUACUUGAUGGACCUGUCCUACUCAAUGAAGGAUGAUUUAGAGAAUGUAAAGAACCUGGGAACCAGCUUGAUGCUGGAGAUGUCCAAGAUCACCUCCGACUUCAGGAUAGGCUUUGGCUCCUUUGUGGAGAAGACAGUCAUGCCGUACAUCAGCACCACCCCAGCCAAGCUGCUGAACCCUUGCACAGGCGAUCAGAACUGCACCAGCCCUUUCAGCUACAAGAAUGUGCUGAAGCUGACCAACGACGGCCAGAAAUUUAACACCCUGGUGGGCCAGCAGCACAUCUCUGGAAACUUGGACUCUCCUGAGGGGGGUUUCGAUGCCAUCAUGCAGGUGGCUGUGUGUGGGGAGCAGAUUGGCUGGAGGAACGUGACCCGUCUGCUGGUGUUCUCCACCGACGCCGGCUUCCACUUCGCUGGAGAUGGCAAGCUGGGCGGCAUCGUGCUGCCCAAUGAUGGCAAAUGUCACUUGGAAAACAACGUGUACACCAUGAGCCAUUACUAUGACUAUCCCUCUAUUGCUCACCUGGUUCAGAAGCUGAGCGACAACAACAUUCAGACCAUCUUUGCAGUCACAGAGGAGUUCCAGCCUGUGUACAAAGAGCUGAAAAAUCUGAUACCAAAGUCUGCAGUGGGUACUUUGUCUGACAACUCCAGUAAUGUGAUCAACCUGAUCAUAGAUGCCUACAAUUCUCUGUCGUCGGAGGUCAUUUUGGAGAACAGCAAGCUGCCAGAGGGAGUAUCCAUAGCUUAUACGUCCCGCUGUAAGAAUGGAGUUGUGAGUGAGGGCGAAAAUGGACGGAAGUGCUCUAAUAUAUCCAUUGGAGAUGAGGUGACAUUUAGCAUCAGUGUGACAGCCAAGGGUUGUCCCAAGCAGGGAAAGUCUGAGACCAUUAAGAUUAAGCCCUUGGGAUUUACAGAGGAAGUGGAGAUAACACUUCACUUCAUAUGUGAGUGUGAAUGUCACAAGGAUGGCGUCAAGAACAGCAACCUCUGCCACUUUGGCAAUGGGACAUAUGAAUGUGGAGCCUGCAAGUGUAACGAAGGCCGCGUGGGCCGACAGUGUGAAUGCAGCAGCAACGAGGUGGCUACGGAGGACAUGGACCGCACCUGCCGCAAAGACAACGGCACCGACAUUUGUAGCAACAACGGAGACUGUGUGUGCGGCACAUGCGAAUGCAAGAAGAGAGACAAUCCCGAGGAGAGAUACAGCGGACAGUACUGCGAGUGUGACAACUUCAACUGUGACCGCUCUGGAAACAAGCUGUGCGGAGGGCAUGGACGCUGCGAGUGCAGGGUAUGUAUCUGUGACCCCAUGUGGACAGGGAGCGCCUGUGACUGCUCCCUGGACACCAGUACGUGCCUGGCAAGCAACAAGCAGAUCUGUAACGGCAGAGGGAAGUGCGAGUGUGGCACCUGUAAGUGCACUGAUGCCAAGUUCCAGGGUCCCACCUGCGAAACCUGCCCGACAUGUCCAGGAGUCUGCGCCGAGCACAAGGAGUGUGUCCAGUGUCGGGCAUUCGGCACUGGUGAGAAGAAGGACGUGUGCGAACAAAAAUGCAACGACUUUAAACUGAUCAAAGUGAAGGACAGGGAUAAGUUGCCGCAGCCCAACGACGCCAGCUACCCUGUGAUGCACUGCAAGGAGAGGGACGCCAACGACUGCUGGUUCUACUACACCUACGCUGUCAACAACAACACUGAGACGGAGGUCCAUGUGGUAGACACACUGGACUGCCCCGCCGGUCCUGACAUCAUCCCCAUCGUGGCGGGUGUGGUCGCCGGCAUCGUCCUGAUUGGCUUAGCCCUGCUGCUCAUCUGGAAGCUGCUGAUGAUCAUCCAUGACAGGAGAGAGUUCGCCAAGUUCGAGAAGGAGAAGAUGAACGCCAAGUGGGAUACGGGUGAAAAUCCCAUCUACAAAAGUGCUGUUACGACUGUGGUCAAUCCCAAAUAUGAAGGAAAAUGAUGGCCUGACAGUUUCAGUGAACACUGUUAACAACUCGACGACUACAGUUUAUGGAUUUUGGGGGCAUGAGAGGAGUUUGUGGUUGGAUUUAUGCCAUUUCUUUUACUUUGCUUAAUCAUUAUAGUGUAACACUUGGCCACUGCAUCUGUAUUUUACUAACACUUUUGAUUUCUAUGCAUUUGAUGUAUUUUAGAUGUACAGUUUAUGUGUAUAUACUUUUAAAUUGCAUAUUUGCUAAAGGUGAGUAAAUGAAGGUGUUUUUUUCCUGCCACAGGACUGGUAUGGGCAAAGGAUUUAGCCUUUUUUAACCAACACUGUGUGUACACUUUGGAUAUACAGGAUGGUUGGAUGUAUAUGGACAAGAAUCUCUCUCUCUCUCUCUCUCUCUCUCUCUCUCUCUCUCUCUCUCUCUCUCAGUUCAACUCAACUCAGCUCAAUUCAGUGGAUGUUUUUUUUUUGAGCAGAUUUUGUGUAAUGCCAACAUGGAGGAAGAUUACAGUAUUCAUUAGUUGAUACAGCGAUCAACAGAUCAAAUAUCUACAUGCUGUACAAUGUCCCUCAUGUAGUAAUGAUGUAUUCACUGUUGCUGUGUACAAUGGCUGUUGGCCUUUUACUCACAGCAAAUAUUACUCUCUCUUUCUUUCUCUCUCUCUCUCUCUCUCUCUCUCUCCCUCUCUCUCCCUGUCAUUCUCUCUUUCUCUGUGUCAACACACUUUGUCUUUCAGUCUUGUUUCCUCUCUCUGUGCACUGACUUCCAUUGUAUUUUGUGUGUUUCAGAGGGGACCUGAGUUUUAAUAUGUUACUUGUCAUCCAUAGCACAUUAUGUAUGAUGUGUGUGUAUAUAUAGAACAAAUAUACAAGAGGACAUAUGGGAUAAUGUUUAACACUCAGUGAAGAUCGGACAGAUCACACAUCGCUAAAUAGAUGUAAAGUUAGUUGUAAGCUGCAGCUUGGAAAAUUGAAAAGUAACACUGGUAGGAAACAUCCAGUGUUUAAGAUAUUAUUGCACUCUUAAUGAGUACUCUUGUCUAUAAUGAAGGAUGAAAACAUUGAGCAAAUACAUGAGAAGGAUAAAAUGAGCAUUGAUUAUUUUUUAGUGUUGAUAUACUAUCACAAAGGGAUUGUAUACCACUUGUUUAAAGGGUUAAAUUGUGGCAGUACUGAACAAUCAAAUGAUUUGUAUAGUUAGGGAACAAAAUAUGUUUCAACUAAAAAGGAAAUGGUGUUUUAUUUGCUUAUCAAUUUCAUUAUUCAUUCUCAGGUCCUUUUCUGUGUUAAUGUCAAGCAAAGCCAAAAAUAUUUCAUUAUUUUUCUGUCAGCUUGUUAAGUAGCACAUUGUGAACUCAUUUGUGUGAGUCAAUAGAAGAUGUUUUGUUAAAUGUUUUUAGGCUGUAAGACUGAAACUGAGACUAUUUGAUCAAAGACAUCACAUGAUUCGCCUCUGAAGUGUUUUCACAGUCAAAUGCCUACAUUCAAAUACACACACAAGCCUAUACAGUAUUGUUUUCAAAGUGCCUUUUAUUUCAUUACCAUGUUCUCUCCCAAUGCUGUUUAUGAAUUUAUUUAUUAAAUAAAGUACAAAAA